CUUGGUUAGUUUAACUAAAAAAAAUCCGUACAAACGUAUGUCUAGUCCAAUGUCUAGUCACACAACGACAUUAAACAAACUAAGUUGUAAUGGGAGAAUAAACAAUAUUUUAAAUUUUUCUAAACUCAUUUUACAAUUAAAUUAUCAGUAUGAAUGACUUUGCAUCUUUCGAAAAAAUUAUUGUCCGUGAAUUAUCGUGUCGUUUGUGUCUAUGCACUGAUGUCGCUAAAUUAAAACCACUUACCACCGAAAUGAAAAGAAAAAUAAAGAAAUUGUUUAGUAUCGUUAUACGGACAGACGACAGCCUUCCUAAGGCUAUUUGUCACGAAUGUUUGCAACAAGUCGGAGCACUACAUCUUUACACAGUCAAAGUGGAGAAAACGCAAAAAUUUUUAAGUUUUCAUAACAUGAAAAGCAACCAGAAUAAGCUAAAUCAAAAUUUACCUGAGAGUAAACUUCAUCCUAUCAUUGCUACUCUUUCAGAGCAUAAAACAGAUAUAAAAUCUAAUAACGAAAAAGAAAAGUUAUCACCAAAAUCAAGUUCGCCUUCAACACCUUCGAGAUUUCAACAAGGAGAUGCAAAAUUAUCUCAAAACCAACCGAAAAAGAAGUCACCAUCAGAUAUGAAAUUUUUAGAAGCAAUGCCAUUGGAAGAGUUUUCAAUAACCGAAAGCGUAGACCGAGUUCUUCUAAACAGUAAAAGUUCAGUUAAAGAACAACAAACUUUAUCAAAAGAUAAAGAUAAAAAUAGGUCUGAAAAUAACAAUUUUACGAAUGACGUACUAGAUCCUAUUGUUUUAAUAGAUGGUCGCCCAGCAAAACAAGGAGCAGAUUUAGACAAGCAAAUAACUUUAUUUUACAAAAUGGAAUGCUGCAUUUGUCACGAAUUAGGAUUUCACUUUCGAUCGCUAAUGAAACAUUACAAAGAUAGGCAUGGUGUUCCAGGAUAUUUAACAUGUUGUGAUAAAAAAUUUCACUACUUUUAUCCGAAGAAGAUAAUAGAGCAUAUGGCUUAUCACUUGCAACCGAACAUAUUUAUGUGUCCCAGUUGCCAUCAAAACUUUCAAACUUCGCAACAACUGAUAGAGCAUCAAAGCAAUGGUGGCAGAUCAGAAGGCAAGAUAGCUUGUCCGCGCUGUUCCGAACUAUACCCUACAUAUCAAGAAUUGGGAUGGCAUAUUAUAACACACCGAUCAGAUAAAUUUCAGUGUGAUUAUUGUGGCAAAUUACUGAAACAUCAUCACCGAAAGAAAACCAUUAAUCACAUGGAAGAUGUCGUACUAUGCUCGCAGUGUGUUCGCACUUUGAAGAAUAUUGAAAAGCAAGAAAAAGAAAUUAAAGAAAAAGUGAAAAACAAAAGCAACGACGCUAUCACUUUGCAAAAAUAUCAAAAAUUCCGCCAGGCAAUGGGUUUAUCUGCAGAUGACAACGAUUCGACAGAUUAAUGUGAAACAGUAGACUCAGAAACUUACUAACCAAAAAUAAAGUAAAAUGUGCAAAGAAUAA